GAAACUUGUGCCUGUGUCCUGUUUCAAGUUUCAAAUUUUAAGAAAACAAUAAAUAAAAAUGGUUGCUACAAAAUUGACAACAUUGAUGAAAAACUGUUCAACUGUAAAACAAGCAAAACAAAUCCAUGCACAAAUCUUAACCAAUGCACUUACCCAUCUUCAACCUCUCUUCAUUCAUCGCAUUCUCCUCUGUGAAAUCACCAACUACAAAACUAUAUCACAUUAUAUCCUCUCAAUUCUUCAUCAUCUUCAAAAUCCAGAUUCCUUCUCAUGGGGUUGUGUCAUUCGAUUCUUCUCUCAAAAGGGUAAUUUCACUGAAGCUGUUUCUCUCUAUAAUCAAAUGAGGAGGAUUGGGUUGUGUCCAAAUUCACAUGCUAUAUCCUCUGCUCUCAAGUCUUGUGCUAAGAUUGAGGAAAAUUUGUGUGGUGUAUUGAUUCAUGGGGAAGUUCAUAAAUUUGGAUUUAAUUCUUGUGUUUAUGUGCAAACGGCUCUUCUUGAUUUGUACUGUAAAAUUGGUGAUGUGGGGAUUGCACGUAAGGUGUUUGAUGAAAUGACUGAGAAAAAUGUUGUUUCUUGGAAUUCUUUGUUAAGUGGGUAUAUAAAAGCUGGUAACUUGGAUGAGGGGCAACGUUUUUUUUAUGAGAUUCCUAGGAAGGAUGUCAUAUCUUGGAACUCUAUGAUUUCUGGAUAUGCGAAAGCAGGAAAAAUGGAUCAAGCUUGUUUUUUGUUUCAACAAAUGCCUGAGAGAAACUUUUCCUCGUGGAAUACAAUGAUUACUGGUUACAUUGAUUGUGGAAGCAUUGUGUCAGCAAGAGAAUAUUUUGAUGCAAUGCCAAGGAGAAAUAGUGUCUCUUUGAUAACUAUGAUUGCCGGGUAUUCAAAGAACGGGGAAGUUGGCUCUGCUCGUGAGGUCUUUGACCAGAUGGUUGAUAAAGAUUUGCAAUCAUAUAAUGCUAUGAUAGCUUGUUAUGCUCAAAAUAGCAAACCUAAAGAAGCCCUUGACCUAUUUAAUGGCAUGUUAAAACCCGAGAUCUCCUUACAUCCUGACAAGAUGACUUUGGCUAGUGUUAUAUCAGCAUGUUCACAAUUGGGGAAUCUAGAACAUUGGCGCUGGAUUGAGUCGCACAUUAAUGACUUUGGAAUUGUAUUGGAUGAUCAUUUGGCCACUGCGUUAAUCGACUUGUAUGCAAAGUGUGGGAACAUUGAUGAGGCAUAUGAGCUAUUCCGUGGACUGAGAAAGAGGGAUGUGGUUGCAUAUUCUGCAAUGAUAUAUGGAUGUGGAAUAAAUGGAAGGGUGUCAGAUGCAGUCGAGUUAUUUGAACAGAUGGUUGGAGAGUGUGUCAGCCCUAAUUUGGCCACCUAUACUGGAAUUCUGACUGCCUACAAUCAUGCUGGAUUGGUUGAAGAAGGUUACCGGUGCUUUAACUCCAUGAAGGACAAUGGCAUCAUGCCUUCAGUUGAUCAUUAUGGAAUCAUGGUUGAUCUUUUGGGGAGGGCCGGACAGUUGGAUGAAGCUUAUAAGCUUAUAAUAAAUAUGCCAAUACAACCAAAUGUUGGUGUUUGGGGAGCUCUACUUCUUGCCUGCAGAUUACAUGACAAUGUAAAGCUUGGGGAAAUAGCUGCCCAGCAUUGCAUUAAGCUGGAGAGUGAAACAGCUGGUUACUAUUCUCUUCUUUCUGGUAUAUAUGCUACUGCUGGAAAAUGGAAUGAUGCCAAGAAGUUGACGUCGGGUGUGGAAGGAAAGAAAAUUAUCAAGAUACCUGGUUGUAGUUGGACACAGCUCAUGUGACGUGUCACUCAACUAAUGUAACUUUUCCAUGAGAUUGGGAAAAUAAUGUACACAUAAUAUCGCUAUAACUUGGGCGCAUAUUACAUAUGCUUUCAAUGUGUACAUGACAAUUUUUUAGGGAUGGAAUUGUGUCAAUGAAAUGGUACUAAAGAGUGCGAGGAAGGUAAUUUAGCAUGUGCUUUAGAGUCAUAAUUGUUCAAUAUGUUUGAGGGAUCUCUGCAGCUCUUGGUUCUACAACCUCAGGCUCAUCUUUUCUUCCGCAUCCACUUCUUACCCUUUCACUCCAACAUAAGUCGAACAUUCCUUUGUCCCAGAUUCGUGGUUACACAAAGUAAACUUGAAUUGCAGCUGCAUGACCAUGGAUACAGCCCUAAGAGUCUAAGACAUCAUGAGCCAGGAUGCAAUGGCCUGGAAGUCGUUGGCCUCGCGUGUCUGGGGAUGCACUGGUUUAAGAUACAAUUACAAGGGUAUGUAAGAUUUCCAUGAUUGAUAUGAAAAUGAAGCAACCACGCGAAAGGACAAAGAUGCUAAGUUAUGAAUGUAUGUGACGCCUUUUCCAAACAAACUUAGAUUCUCAGUUGUGGUAGGGAUGAAACAUCUUCAAUCAUCUUGGAUGACAGGCACUAUAAUCACACACUCCUACUUGUGUUUCCACACGCCUGGGAUGUUGAAAGCUGCUUCCACAUUCAGUUGGCAUUGGUACUGCUACAAACUUUCAUAGCAACUGUAGCCACAUGUAUAAUGUUACUUAUUAGAGAUAUAGUUAGAUGGAGAUUUGUAGUUAGUUAAAAACUUGUUGGCCGCUAUAAGUAGGUUUGAUGUAAUCAGUUGUAUAUAUUUUUAAGGAGAAAUGCUUAUUUUACCAAGGUAUUGUAAACAAAACACGCGAAUGACGUGAGAAUCAUGUUCUCAUUAUCUUUCCUCAAAAAAAAAUCUCCUAUAUUUCUUCUUAAA